AAACGUGUUUAUCUUAAACGGUGAAAUUGAAACUGACAGUUCUAAACCCGAAAUCACCGAUUACCUAACGGAGCAGUACGUUAUUUGCUCUCAGUUCAGUUUUGUAUUCCGUGCGUUGCGGACGUAGGAUUAUUAUUUGCCAAGCUGUUCUUGUUUCUGAUAUCUACCUUUCGCAAGUUUCUACACACCUCUGUUUCAACCGCAGAAUAUCAUCUAACGUAUUAUUACCGCCUGUCGAUAUUGUUGCUGCGAUAGCAGUUUGAGCCAACGAUUAUGGCUGGAAACGUUGGACUUCAUGCCGUAGCUGAAACUACUGGCCAAUUUGGUAACAAUUUCUUAAAGACCGUCGGUAAUGACAAACCUGGCAACUUGAUCAUGUCGCCGUUGAGCGCUCAGGUAGUGCUGGCGAUGGCUGCCUACGGAGCAGGUGGCAGAACCGCAACUCAAAUGCGCUCUUGUUUAUUCAUUCCCACUGAGAAUGAAGUAGGCCAAUCGGGUUAUCAGUCUCUUAUCGAAACAUUGAACGCUGUGAAAGGAGUGGAAUUACGUCUUGCUAAUAAAAUAUACACAGCUUCUCAGUUUGAAGUAAAACCUGAGUACAAAGAGUUGACGUCUAAAAAAUUUUACUCCUCGAGUGAGGAAGUUGACUUCAACGACCCGACACAAGCUUCUAAAACAAUCAAUACUUGGUGCGAGGAGAAAACUAACAAACGUAUUAAGGAUUUAAUUACUGAAGACUGCCUCAACUCAGACACAAAAUUGGUACUUGUGAACGCAGUAUAUUUCAAGGGACAAUGGGACAAAAAAUUUAAUCCCGCUUUGACGAAAGAUAGACCUUUCCACAUCGAUGAACACACUACAAAAUGUGUACCUACCAUGUUCAUAAAACACAAACUGCGAUUUGGCGAUCUUCCAGAGUUGAGUGCGAGAUUCAUCGAGAUCCCGUACCAGGGGGACGAGCUGAGUAUGAUAAUCAUUGUACCGUACGAAGUGGAUGGCCUCCAAAAAAUUCAGGAUAAUCUUCAUCAAGUGAAUCUGAAACAAAGUUUGCAAAAAUCGUAUCCCAGCGACGUCGAGCUUUUCUUGCCAAAAUUCAAGAUAGAAAGUACUUUAGAUCUCCAAGAGACACUUGAAAAGUUGGGAAUGACUGACAUGUUUGGAGAAGAGGCUGACUUCUCUGGUAUAUCUGAUACUCCACUCAAAGUUAGCAAAGUCAUCCAAAAAGCAUUCAUCGAAGUAAACGAGGAAGGUAGCGAAGCUGCUGCUGCUACUGGAAUAAUGCUCCAGGCUCGGUGCAUGAUAUUUUCAGCUGAACUAGCCGUCGACCACCCGUUCGUUUACAUGAUUGUAUCUUUAACGCAAAGCAGCUCUGAUGACGACGGGGACAUCGUAUCGUUGUUUAGCGGCCAUGUGGUAGACCCAUCAUUGUAGUGUAAAUAACCCCAUAGAUAUUUGUACAGAUGGCCAAAUCACUUUGGUGUAAAUAACGCAAUACAGAUGACCGUCUUCAUUUCUAUAUGAGUGACGAACCGAUAUUUUUGCUAGAAUGCCUCCCACGUGUCAUCAAAUAUAAUUUUUAAUGUUUGUGCUCAUCGUCGUUAAUUAAUUUCUGCGAACCAGUGUUGAAUUGAAUACAUUGCUUAUAAAUAAAUUUUACAACUUUUAAA